AGCCCACCUCCCCUCCCAGCCAUGCGCUCCCUCCUGCUUCUUGGCACCUGCUUCUUGGUGGUGGCUCUGGCUGCAGAGGUGAAGAAACCAGCACCUCCGGGCACGGCGGAGAAGUUGAGCUCUAAGGCCACCACGCUGGCUGAGCGCAGUGCCAGCCUGGCCUUCAGCCUGUACCAGGCGAUGGCCAAGGACCAGGCAGUGGAGAAUAUCCUGCUGUCGCCUGUGGUGGUGGCCUCAUCGCUGGGCCUUGUGUCUCUGGGUGGCAAGGCGACCACUGCGUCCCAGGCCAAGGCAGUGCUGAGCGCGGAGCAGCUGCGCGAUGAAGAGGUGCACACGGGCCUGGGCGAGCUGCUGCGCUCGCUCAGCAACAGCACGGCGCGCAAUGUCACGUGGAAGCUGGGCAGCCGGCUGUACGGGCCCAGCUCCGUGAGCUUCGCGGACGACUUCGUGCGCAGCAGCAAGCAGCACUACAACUGUGAGCACUCCAAGAUCAACUUCCGCGACAAGCGCAGUGCCCUGCAGUCCAUCAAUGAGUGGGCCGCGCAGACCACCGACGGCAAGCUGCCCGAGGUCACCAAGGACGUGGAGCGCACGGACGGUGCCCUGCUGGUCAACGCCAUGUUCUUCAAGCCACACUGGGACGAGAAAUUCCACCACAAGAUGGUGGACAACCGGGGCUUCAUGGUGACCCGUUCCUAUACUGUGGGUGUCACGAUGAUGCACCGCACAGGCCUCUACAACUACUACGACGACGAGAAGGAGAAGCUACAAAUGGUGGAGAUGCCUCUGGCCCACAAGCUCUCAAGCCUCAUCAUCCUCAUGCCCCACCACGUGGAGCCUCUCGAGCGCCUUGAAAAGCUGCUGACCAAGGAGCAGCUGAAGAUCUGGAUGGGGAAGAUGCAGAAGAAGGCCGUGGCCAUCUCCCUGCCCAAGGGUGUGGUGGAAGUGACCCACGACCUGCAGAAACACCUGGCUGGACUGGGUCUGACUGAGGCCAUCGACAAGAACAAGGCAGACCUGUCACGGAUGUCAGGCAAGAAGGACCUGUACCUGGCCAGCGUGUUCCAUGCCACUGCCUUUGAGUGGGACACAGAAGGCAACCCCUUUGACCAGGACAUCUAUGGCCGUGAGGAGUUGCGCAGCCCCAAGCUGUUCUACGCUGACCACCCCUUCAUCUUCCUGGUGCGAGACAGCCAGAGCGGCUCCCUGCUGUUCAUUGGGCGCUUGGUCCGGCCCAAGGGUGACAAGAUGCGUGAUGAGUUGUAGGGCUCCAGGGUGGGUGUGGGAUGUCAGGAGGCAGCAGAAGGCUGCUGAGACACAUGGGUGCUAUUCUGGUGGGGUGGGGAUCUGAGGCGUUGGCCUUGGACGUUCCACAGGGGUGGGAGGGUGGGGAAACAGAACAGGAUUGCCCAAUGUCUGAGUGAACAGGAUCCUCUCUGCUUGGACAUGGGCCUCCAGAUUCCAUGAUGAUGGGCCCAGAGACUCAGUGUCCUGUGGGACCGGUGUGGUAGUCAAUAACCCCCGGCCUCACAGGCCUAGGAUCGGGCUUCAAACAGUGUUCCUAUUUAUAAGCCAAGUAUGCUUUCUGUGAACCAGAAUUGAGCUGGAGG